AUGUUCGAAACUCUGCAAGCCGUUAGCGCGCUUGCGCAGACGAUCCAGUUGGCGUAUCGGCUGUGGGAGGCUGGCUUCAGCAAGGCGAAGAAUGCGCACAAGCAGUACAUCGAGUUCGGCGUCACCAUCCAGAAUCUCGGCAAGAAUCUCGACAGAAUCAAGUCCGUCACCGAGAACGCCUGCAGCCAGCUGCAGCGCCGUCGCCUGCGCGCGUUUGAUGACGACGAGCUGCUCGACACCAAGUCUCUCGACCAGAUUGUCGGCAACUAUGCCAAAACCCUCGCUGACUGCGAGCGCCUGCUGCGCGACAAGUCCAAGUUCCGCCAUGACAGCCGCAACUUUGUCCUCAACAUUGUCUGGAAUCUCGAGAUCGAGCCCGAGGUCACCAAGCUGCGCGACCGCUUGGCCUUCCACAAUGUCAAGAUCCUCAUGCUGCUCAAGCCGCUUGAGAUGAAGAUGCUGGCCGACAUCCAGACCCUGAUUCUUGACCUCCACGACGAGGUCAUGUUCGAGUUGAAGGAGAUCAAGGGCAUCCUCACCGGCCCCGCCACCGAUCAGGCUGCCGAAGAGCGCGGCCUGCUCACUCGCUCUCUGAGCGUUCCAGAAGCCCUGGCCUCAAGAUUGCACAGCGCCCUUAUACAAGACCGCCCGGAAUGCCAAGAGCCUGACAAGUUUCCCUUACAGCCUGGCAUGGAUGCCUUCUUACGCUAUUUCCAGGAUGGCAACUCGACCCCAGAGACAGACACAUAUCUCAAUUUAAUGAAGUGCCUCUGGAUCAUGAGCAGGAUAAAAAAGAGUGCUGAGUACAACCAGCUCCACGAAGGCUCUCUCUGGCAACGCUACGUGAACCGAAUGAACUACCGACUUACAAAAGCGUGCGAUCGCUGGGAGCAAUCGCUCGCUCCAGAGCCCGAUAUGGACACUAUUCUGCGGCUGCCCGACAACGAAUUCCAAAUUUGGAAAACCGAAGAAGACGAAGACGAACAAGACAUGGUUGGCGACGAAAGCAUCUUCCUGACCGAGCUGUUGAACGUCACCUUGCCCUCAGAAAGAGGCACGAGCACCCACAAGCUGCGAGUGCUUCAGAACGUCGACGGUACCAUCCAGAUACAAGAUAUUGCAACCACCAUGACGGGAAACAGAGAACUAAACGACGUACAUCGUUUCGACGCAUAUCUAGACAAGGCUCAUUUGAUUCCCAUCUACGCCUGUCCGAGUUCCGCAAGCACCGUCCUUAACGUGAAGUUCAAGAGCGACAAGGAUUCCGCAAAUGGCAUAUCGCCAUCCUUUGGCAAUCUGAACGACCUUCUCAGAUUCCAGGAGAUCAUCACUGGGUACAAGCCAGUCUUGUACCUUGGUGAUCUGGAAGUCGAGUGCCACAAUUCAACAAGAUUCUCACUUGGUGGCUCGAUGAGCAAAGAGAAAGGAAAAGUGCAGAUCUGGCAGAAGAAGCGCCCGGCUCAAGUACUAUCAGAAGAACAAAGCAGCCAAAGCAGUACAAUCAGUCCGACUAAUCCGACCGAACCUGUUUUCAGACAAGAUGAGCCUCCGGAAAGACGCCUCUCCAGGAUGUCAGCAUCUCCACCAAGUCAAGGUCUCAUCGAGAAGUGGAGGCGAGACUCAAGGCUCUCAAUGGCUCCCUCUUCCAUUACCGAAGGUAGCGUGUCCAGCACCAUCUUCACUGGAACGAGGCUUUCACGAAUCGACACCGGCUCGGGGACCAUCGCUUUCCGGAUGGAGAAGCCAGAGGUGCCUAAGCUGAUCUUGUUUCUGGAGCCGAAGAAAGGCGGUCACCUUUCAUUCUUGUCACUCGAUAUGGACGAAGACGUUUUCAUCAACACCCAGACUUGUGACUGCCGUCGCCCCAAAUCUCGAUGCACGGUUUCUGUGAUCGAAAAUCGUAAGGGACCUUUGCCAGCCCGCCGCAUCACCUCUAAACACGGUCUCAAGACCUGGAAUGUCGCUGCUCUGGGCACCUCACAGCCCCCUAUGCCGCCAGAUCCUUUCGCGGUCAAGGAUUUGCGCUGGAUCAAACUACAGUUCGGUUCGGUUGAGGACAGGGAGAAAUUCUCUACACGCUUCAAUGAUGUCAUGAAGAUCUACAAGGGCCGUCUCGCCGAUUUUUACCAUGAUAUGCGCGUCGUUAAAGGGAGAAACGUGGCUACGACUGAGUUCAGGGAGAGACAUGGGUCUUGA